UCGCUCACCCUCUGCCCUCAAUCAGCUCCAACAUGAGCCCAAAAAAUGUGGUUUUCAAGAAGAUUUGCAGUGACAAGUCGGUCGGAGUCUACAUGGGGAGAAGAGACUUUGUGGACCAUGUGGAUUCUGUGGAUCCAGUGGAUGGCGUCAUCCUCAUCGAUCCUCAGGCUCUGCAGGGGAGGAAAGUGUUCGUCACCCUGUCCUGCACCUUUCGAUACGGCCGGGAUGAUGUGUCGGUUUUGGGGGUGGCUGUCCGGCGGGAGCUGCACGUGUCCAGCCGGCAGGUUUACCCCCCGCUGCAGGACCGCGAGAGCUGCAUCCACAGCCGCAUGCAGGCCAAGCUGCUGCAGAAGCUGGGAGACAACGCAUACCCCUUCUUCUUCGAGUUCCCGGACAACCUGCCUUGCUCGGUGAUGCUGCAGCCGGGGCCGAACGACUCAGGAAAGCAAUGUUGCGUGGAGUUUGAGAUCAAAGCCUUCAGCGCUGAGAGCCAGGACGCUAAAGUCCGCAAACGGAGCACGGUGGCGCUGAUAAUCCGGAAGGUGCAGUACGCUCCGGACAGCGAGGUGGCGGCGCAGUCUGUGGAAAUCAGCAAGGAGUUCGCCAUGUCGGACAAACCGCUGCACGUGAAGGCCAGCCUGGACAAAGAGAUGUAUUACCACGGUGAGACGGUCAAGGUGAACCUCAGCAUCACAAACAACACGAGCAAACACAUCAAGAGCAUCGUCGUCUCCGUGGAUCAGAUCUCCACCGUGGUGUUGUACUCCAACGACAUCUGGGUCAAAUCUGUGGCCAUCGAGGAGCCUGGGGACUCGGUGCCUCCCGGAGAGAGUCUGCAGAAAGACUUCAAGCUGCUGCCUCUUCUGGCCAACAACCGCGAGAGGAGAGGCAUCGCUCUGGACGGGAAGCUGAAGCACGAGGACACCAACCUGGCCUCGUCCAGCAUUAUCAAGGAGGGAGUUCAGAAGGAGGUGAUGGGGAUCAUUGUCUCAUACCGAGUCCUGGUGAAGCUCGUCAUUGGAGGGAUGAUGGGAUCGAGUGAGGUCGCUCUGGAAGUUCCCUUCAAACUGAUGCAUCCUAAACCUGACCCAGUGAAGGAGAGUGAGAUAGAGGAGGAGGUGGAGUUCCAGGAGUUUAAGCGCAGCCACCUGAAGGGGAUUAUCGAUGACGACGAUGAAGAUGGAAACGUGUCGGCCGGUGACGACGCUGCGCCCAUUGAGAAAUAAAGGAGACGGAAUGAGGGGCGAAAAAAUAAACAGCCUCUCCUCAGAGUUUUAGUUAAGGGACCAUAUCUGUGAUUCAGCCUGUUUACGUCACUCAGUCAUACGGAAGAGCAUUAGGGUCACAUGAGGGGGGAAAUGGGGAUGUGACCAAAAGUAACAAGUUAUUAAGUUCCUUUAUUCUUAAAAAUCUGAGAUUUUCAGGAAAAUAAAUUACCAGAAAAAACUCAAUAUUGUUUUACUUUUAGUCACAUCCCAAUAUUUUACCUCAUGUGGUCAAAACCCUCUUCCGUACACUCGGGUCAAAACUGCUUAUUUUUAGCACACACUUCAAACAUCAAGCACAUGAAGUAUUGUCUAUAUACGUAUACAUAUAUGCAGUUUCUUAUUCAUAUCGAUGUAGGCUAUAACCUUAAUACUGUAGAUGACUCGCAGUCAAAGACGCUUUGUCUUUAGCUGAUAUGCAGAACCACUGAUAUGGUCUUCAUGUAAUGAAUCGUUGUGAUUUAUUAGUAUAUCUGUUGUG